CCAAUGAGCGGCGGCGGGAGGUGAAAUCCGGUUCUAACCGGUCCGGGGCUCCCAGCGCUAUAAAAACUUUAUAAACCCCCCGGAGCCCGAGCAGUGUGAAGAAGAGGAGGCGAGAACGACCCCCUGACCGGCCAAAGCCCGCGUGCCGCUGCAUCCCCGCGUCCAGCGCCCACGUCCCGCCGCCGUCGCCACCAUGCCCAAGAGAAAGGCUGAAGGGGAUGCUAAAGGAGAUAAAGCCAAGGUGAAGGAUGAGCCACAGAGAAGAUCUGCAAGGUUAUCUGCUAAACCUGCUCCUCCAAAGCCAGAGCCUAAACCUAAAAAGGCCCCUGCAAAGAAGGGAGAGAAGGUACCCAAAGGGAAAAAGGGGAAAGCUGAUGCUGGCAAGGAUGGAAAUAACCCAGCAGAAAACGGAGAUGCCAAAACAGACCAGGCACAGAAAGCUGAAGGUGCCGGAGACGCCAAGUGAAGUGUGUGCAUUUUUGAUAACUGUGUACUUCUGGUGACUGUACAGUUUGAAAUACUAUUUUUUAUCAAGUUUUAUAAAAAUGCAGAAUUUUGUUUUA